AUGGCAUACCACAACAACACCACUGUGCGCAACGACUAUGGCACCACUUAUAAACCUGAGCGCGAAACUGGUCUUUUGACUCGCUGGGUUCCAGAGAAGCUCAAGCACUCUGGCCUCUACCGUUGGAUCCUCCGUUUGACUCACAUUGGUCAAUUCCUCUCUUCUGUCAUUUCCCUCGGACUCUUCUCUGCUCGUCUCCGCAAGGUCUACAAGAUUGUCAACGUUAUCAAGACCCGACAAGGCGUCAGUGCUGCGUUUGGCGCAGUUGAGGGCAUCCUUGCUGCUGCUGUGCUGUACACCCUCAUUGGCAUGAUCAUCUCUCUGCUUCUCAAGGGUGGUGGUCCCAGAUGGCUACGCUGGCUUUGGGUUCUUCUGGAUAUUGCCUUUGUUGGAGCCUUCAUUGCUGUCACUGUUCUUACUCGUCCCGAUGGUGGUCCUGCUGGUCCAAGACACUGCUACGAUACUCGUGGUGUGCAGGGCGUAUUUGGCAACAACACAGACACUACAGAUGAUAGCUGCAACUUGCCUUGGGGUACAUUCAUCUUGGCUAUUCUUAGCACUCUCUUCCAUGCCUUUACAGCUGCCUUUCACGAAGUCCGGGAACGUCGCAAGGAGCACCACGUCGAAAAGCAUCCCGCGCAAGACCACUACGACCAGCCGAGCCAUGUCCCACAGACCCAUGCUCCUCAGACUCAUGUUCCCCAGACUCAUGCCCAGCCAGGUUACGCCCCACAGCAGCACGUUCAGGAAGGACAUGUCGGUAACAACAGAGCGGUCUACUAA